GAACAUCUAGUGCCUGUGGUGAUGUAGUAUGUAGUCGCACUGUGUAGUGCGGUAGUGUGCGCUUUGGGACGUAGCCAGAGAGACGGAGGGAGGAAUGUUUAUUUCAGCCUGGUUUAAAUACAGCAGCAGCAGCAGCGCAGCAGACAGGGCACGACAGACUCACUGGCAAAUAAAGCAGUAUUAGAAAAAUAUUGCAUGAACAAUAGCAGUGAAUAUUUCAUUCUUUCAGCAGUUUGGACGAUGGACUAAGUGUUGCCUAAUGACCACAGCAUCGUAAAGAGCUUUCUGCACUGUAGAGUCGGACCAUGAAUUACGUGGGACAGCUGGCUGGUCAGGUCUUUGUGCAGGUGAAGGAGCUAUACCGAGGCCUGAACCCAGCCACCUUGUCUGGCUGUAUAGAUGUCAUUGUGGUGCGCCAACCUGACGACUCCCUACAGUGUUCACCCUUCCAUGUCCGCUUUGGCAAGCUGGGUGUGCUGCGGUCGAGGGAAAAAGUGGUUGACAUAGAGAUUAAUGGGGAGCCAGUAAACCUACACAUGAAACUGGGGGAGAAUGGUGAAGCCUUUUUUGUCAAGGAGACCGCGAGUGACAUGGAGAUGGUACCAUCCCAUCUGGCCACAUCUCCAAUAAUGACUGAUGGCUCAGCAUUGAUGGAAUCCCAGUUGGGGAAAAGUGUGUCUCGUCUGAUUGAGCCUAUACCUGGGACUUCCAUCCAAUCUGUGGGCCCCUCAGGAGAGAAUGGUAUGAAGAAGAGGAGGAAGAGAAGAAAGAAAUCCAAAUUAGACAGUGUGAAGCGAGAGGACAAUGGAGACUCAGAGGAUGAGGACAUGUUCACCAUUGAUAUGAGUUCUGAUGAAGAUACAGAAACAACAACUAGCAGAGCUAUGUCAUAUGACCCCUAUGCUGAACAGGUGAAUAGUGGUACAUGUAGUAGCUCCUUUAUGCAGAGCAAAGGGUACUCACAAUGCGAUGAAGAUUGGACAGGUGUGCAAAGAACAAGUGUGGAACAGGCCUGUUCUCUGUCUGUCCCAACAAAUGGAGGUCUGUCCAUCUCUUGCCCACAACAGUCAUCCACAUUUCCAGCUAGAAGCAGUAUGGGACAUGACUUCUUGCCUUCCACACCCAAAAGUGACUCAGAGCUGCUAGUCAGUCAGAUGACCAAGGGGAAGGCAGAGAACCCUGAGAUGCUGUGGGCCUGGGGAGAGCUCCCUCAGGCUGCCAAGCCCAUGUUCAAGCAGUCCAUCACAGAGCCCAUGGUGGUGACUCCAGCAUCGAUCCCCAUGUCAGACAGCACGCACUUUCGCGCUAUCACAGGAGAUGGGAUGGUGGAAAAAGUGGAGGAAAAGCCUCCAGUACUCAGAGCCGAAGAGGCAGCAGCUCCAGCAUCUGUUCUUGCUCCAUCUAUGGAGGUGGAAGUCAUCAGUGCAGCAGCUCGUUCUAUUGCUGAUCUGGAGGAUGAACAGCAGAGUCCUGGGUUCCAGGUCCACAGUAAAACUGACUCUCCAUCGAAAAGAAAAGACAAAAGAAGUCAUCAUCUUGGAUCAGAUGGUGUGUAUCUGGAUGACCUUACAGAGCUGGAGCCUGAGGUAGCAGCACUCUAUUUUCCUAAGAGUGACAGCACAGGGUUAGUUAGGGGUAGGACAGAGAUGAGGAGUGCCAAUCAGUCACCUCAGUCAGUGGGAAGCAGUGGCAUGGACAGCGGAGUGGACAGCUUUUCUGAUCAAUCAGGAGAGCUGCCCAGUAUUGCCAUCUCUCUGUGUGGAGGAUUGACAGAGAACCGAGACAUCACUCAAGAGGAGUUUGAGGAAAAAGCAGUAACUUAUCAGGAGUUUGCUAAUAAUCCAUCGAUUAUUGAUGACCCCAAUCUGGUUGUAAAGAUUGGAGCCAAGUAUUAUAACUGGAGUACAGCUGCUCCUCUUGUGCUGGCUAUGCAGGUGUUCCAGAAACCCUUGCCAAAGGCUGCAUUGGAGAACAUUGUGAAGGAGAAAAUGCCCAAGAAAGGAGGACGUUGGUGGUUCUCAUGGCGGGGGAGAAACAGCAGCUCUAAGUCGGAAUCUGCUGAAAGUGGGGAGCAGACACUAAGCAAUAGGUUAAAGGAUGAAUCAUCCUCGAGUGAUGAUGACAGCAGACCUGCUAAGCAGAAUUCAACUAGCAGUCAGCCAGAGCCUCUUCCCAGCUCCAGCAGUGUCUGCUAUAAGAAGACUCUCCGCCUGUCCUCAGAAGAGCUGGCUAGUCUGCAGUUAAAAGAGGGCCCCAAUGAUGUGGUAUUCAGCGUGACUACUCAGUACCAGGGCACCUGUCGUUGUGAGGGCACCAUAUAUCUGUGGAACUGGGAUGAUAAGAUUGUCAUUUCAGAUAUUGAUGGCACAAUCACCAGGUCAGAUACCCUUGGACACAUUCUGCCAACACUGGGCAAAGACUGGACCCAUCAGGGUAUUGCCCGGCUCUACCACAAAGUUAGCCAGAAUGGCUAUAAGUUCAUGUAUUGCUCUGCACGAGCAAUUGGUAUGGCUGAUAUGACAAGAGGCUACUUGCACUGGGUAAAUGAGAGAGGCACCAUGCUACCUCAGGGCCCUGUUCUCCUCAGCCCUAGCAGCCUGUUCUCUGCACUACAUAGGGAGGUCAUUGAGAAAAAGCCAGAAAAGUUCAAAAUUGAGUGUCUGACCGACAUCAAGAACCUUUUCUAUCCAAACACAGAGCCCUUCUAUGCUGCUUUUGGAAACCGAGCAACUGAUGUGUAUUCAUAUAAGGAGGUGGGAGUGCCACUGAACAGGAUCUUCACUGUGAACCCUAAAGGAGAGCUCAUUCAAGAACAUGCUAAGACCAACAUAUCAUCAUACGGGCGUCUGUGUGAGGUGGUCGAUCACAUCUUUCCAUUGCUGAUUAGAGGCAAUACAUCUGACUUCCCCUGCUCAGACACCUACAGCCAGUUCACCUACUGGAGAGAGCAGCUACCCGAGCUAGAUAAGCAUGAUCAGGAUGUGGAAAACAGCUGAGGGGAUUGACAUGCAGCCACAGGUUUCCCUGACUGAAAAAUAGCACAUUUCUAAUGCAACCUUCUCAUGUCUGUCCUCUCAUGCACAAGUAACAUGACCCUUUUUAGCUAGCAUGUAACAUUUGGUUUAUACUCAUAGUUGUGUUGGUAUCAACAUCUUUCAAUAGUUUCAAUAAAGUUUCAGUUGUUUGUUUCUUUAUGUUACAGUUACAGUAGCUAUUCUGUUAUUCUGUUAUAUCCAAGCAGUUGUGAUGUCAAUCUUAAUUUGUGUUCUGUCAAAGCAUAUUGCCCAUAUUUUUAACUGUCUAGUGAAAAUUAAGACUUGGAUGACCUCCUCUAUCUCAACGGCAAUAAGACUGAGCUAACCUCUGAAACUGUGUUUAACAGAACUAAACCCAUAGCCCUUCACAUUGGCUAUUUCUGUUUUAUAUGCAACUUUGUCUCACCUACACCCUUGGAUCUUCUACCCCUGUCUAGUAUUAUUAGAAUAGAUUUGACUUUAUAUGAGGAAAAUGGGUUCUACAUCUUGUAAAUCUGUAAUAUUUUAAAUUCUAAGGAACAUUUUGUACAGAUAUUACUGACUUACAUAAAGAGGAUGUUUGAAGUCUGCGCUACGCUCUCAGGUCUAACACCUUUAAUAUUUUGUUCAGUACUUACAGUAUAUUGCAAACAUCACAGAACAUAUAUAUGCAACACAUUUGUGCCUGAUUGAAACUGUAAAGUAAUUCGUAAUUCACAUUAUAAUUGUGCAUUAUCUUUUGUCCUCUUCUUUUCACUGAAUAUAAAAUAUAAAAUAUAAAAUAUGUUUCAGAAUGUUUCUGAAACAUUAAAUUUACAAACCUAUUUGCAAGUAAUAAUCUACAUAGCAUUCCUGUAUGUUUGUAUUCUUCAUCCCGUAACUCAAAAAUCCUAAUCUACAAACCUACAAUAGGAAGGAACAUGAGGAUAACUCAGGGCCACAAAGUUUCCCAAACUUCUUUCUUGUCACAUGUGAAGUAUCUGGCAGUGUGGUGGCACAGUGGAUAGCAUUGCUGGCUCACUGUUUCAGGGGCCCUGGUUUGAUCCUGAGGUCAGGUUACUGUCUAUGUGGAGUUUCUGUGCAUAUUCAUGUGGGUUUACUCUGGGCUGUCUGGUUUCCUCUCACCUCCAGUAAUUGGAUUGGCUAAAGUAAAUUGCCCUAGGUGUGAAUGUGUGUGCUUGGUGCCCUGAAUCCAGUACAACUCUGACCAGGAUAAAGUGAUUACUAAAAAUUAGUAAAUGUAACAAUUCUUCAAAUUGAUCAGGCUGUCAAAUCUGCUUUAACAUUUUACAUGUGAAAUGUUUUAAAUUAAUAUGAAUAAGAGUGAAGAUGUUAUAUUUUUAAUUUGAGAAAUUAGUGUGGUGUCAGAUAUGUGGCCCUAACACAUGUGACUGAGUGGUUUAAAAGUGUUCAAUAAGGAAAUAAGGGUUUUGUGUGGUAUGUACUGUCUCAGAAAAUGUGCAGCUCUAAUACCAUGCUGCUUAAUCUAGUGCACAUGGAAUUAUUAUUUCUGUUACACCUGUUAUUAUGGUUGUCCAUGCACGUAUAUGUUUAAAUGAACAAGAGAUACUGUAAAUAUGUCUGCAAUUAAUGAAAAAUUCUUCUUAUUUUCUUUCAUGAUUGGAAAAGAACUGAAUUUUGUCUGUGUGUUGUUGCACAAUGUUAAGAUGUGAAUUUAUCAGAUUUUGAGGGCAAAGAUUUUUAACUGAGUUAAAAAUUUUAUUUAUUCUUUUAUCAUGAUAGUAGACCACUAAAAACACACUGAAGGAUGAAACUUAAAACUGUAAGUGCCAUCUAUGUCAGAGUAUUUUCUUUUGACUAGGUUUCUUUUAAUUUCAGUUACACUGGAUUCAGAUAACAUGUCCUUAAACAGUGCUCGAACUCUAAUGUAUCUAAGGCAUCUAAUGUAAAACUGUAUUAGAUUGUAUGUCCUCAAUCUGUGUCAAUUUGAUAUUCUUUCUGUGAAAGAUCAUGAAAGUUGUGGCUAGUGAGUUUCUGUUUGGAUUUAUUCUGAUAACAAGAUGUAAAUAAUGUGAAUACAGAUAGGCAAAUAGGAAU